AUGGCUGCCGCUUAUGGUCAAGUGCUCAUUUGACAGAGAUAUUCGUGUUAGCCAGACUAAUCCUUGUGAAGUCACCGUCUGUCUCUGAAAAUAUAAAAAAUGUGAAAACCCUUUCUCAGAACCACAGGUGGUGUUUCAUGGUCAAUUUAGGCACCUAAUCUCCAUCAUGAUGUUUAUACCAGUUGUUUGUACUUUAUAAUUUCGAUACAUUGAGAGGUACACUUUGAGAACGAGAAGUUGAUUUAUGCGAUCAGCACCAUAUCACUAUAUCAUUUUCGUUAGCGAUGGAAACUUUUAUUCUAAGUUAGCCACCGUAGGAAGUAUAAAUAUUAGCUACCUUUUUCAAGGAACAGUAUGUAUUUGGGUUUGGAGCGGAUGUAGGAACUUGAAUGGAACCAGUCAAACACGUAUAGAAUAUUGAUGUUUUGUGAUUGAUUUUCAAAACGUUACUGUUGCAUUUCAUUUGGCUUGUAAGACAGGGAUACAUCGUCACUGUAUUUGGUUAGAAUAAAUUCUAAGAAAAGGAAAGGGAACUGCUUGUUUUGUAGCAAAAAUCUGAAAAUGGUAAACAUCUCUAAAUUUGUCAGUUUAACUGAUGGCUUUAUCUAGAGCAAAAUGAUCAGAAAAUUUAACGAACAAUUAAGAGGUUUUCCACUGCACUGAUUCAACACAUGAGUUUCUUCUGUCCAGCACCUUUACACUGGCAUGCCAUAUUGCUUGACAUGUUGUUGCCCAGGCGUGUAUCAAUGAUGGAGACGGAAUAUGAAAUAUCAUUUCGUGAUAAAGGCUAUGGUAGAAAUGAUACAGUACAUACCUGUAGCUAACUACGUCUUUUUCUCUCUUUUUUUUAUUUUUUAUUUUCAUUUUUUUUAUUUCCCUCUCUCCUGGAACAGUUGUUCCAUUUUUCCUAAAAAGAGUGGCAUUUCUGCAUACCCUCUUCCUUUUGAUUUAUCUCUAAUUUCUGAAAAUGCUUGUCCUGGUGACUUGGUGCUCGAUGGAUACUGAGUUUAUUAAUUUGGUUUUGUAUGUUUUUUUCUGUGUGAUUAUGUGUGCAUAUCAGAUGACUAGACUGGCCCAGCUGGUACACUACACUAGCCUGAGUAAGGCAUUGUUUGCCAACCCACUUUUCCCGCUGGGGCUGCAGACUUCAAUGGGGGAAUGUGACCAGGAGAAUAGCAGCUGAAUCCUUCCAAGAUGGACACCUUGUCUCUUUAUUUUGUUUUCAUUUCUUUUUCUUAUUUUAUUUGUUGUCCCUUGUUUUCCUCUAGAGAAAAAGAAAUAUUACAUUUUCAUAGAAUUGUUUUAUAUUUUAUUUAUUUUUAUUUUUUCCGAAGUUUCAUUACUCCAUGAAUUGGUUCCUCACGUGUUUGUCUUGAGUAUUGUCUAGGUUUACAUGAGCGCCAGUAUUCAUUGGGCGGGGAGGGACUGUUUAUUCUGUGUGGGCUGCAAUGAAGGAAACUAACAUUUUUCUCUCUCUUCCCCCCCUUCACUCGUUUUUUAUUAAUACGAUCAGGGUUUCACCUGUGUUAACUUUAGGAUUGGGGAAAUGCACUCCCACGUUGCCCUAAAAUUAGCAUUUCUAAUCUGUCCCGGUGGGGGGAAAAACAUAUCUCUUUUUUUCUUUACACCUUCUUUUAACAAAAGUUAAACCCUAGUUAAACCCUGAUCACCUUUAGGUAAGGAGUUGGGAAUUCCCAGGAGAUCAAGUUUUAAAGGACUAUUUGUUGAAGUAGCAUACAUUUAAGUUUGUUUGCUUGCAUGACUUUUUGUGCUAGUCCUUCAUUGAGGCAAUUGGAUAAACGAAUAUAUUCAUUUUUAAGUAUGAGCCAUUUACACUGUGAUUUAAGAACGUCACACAUUGGGCCUAAACAGGAAGCUUACCUUCAUGGAUCAUUUAGUUUUAAGUGUUUUUUUAAAUAUUUUUUUUUAGCCCAGGCUUUAAUGGUUAAACCUCACUGAUCCUUUACAUUAAACCAGUCUUGUUGCAUUUCUAUGAUUUUCAGCUAAGAAUGCAUAAGUGGCUUGCAUGUGUUUGGGGGUUUGGCUCCGACUGCUCAGACCAGACAUAACGCAAACUCUAUUCUUCCAUCCCCACUCCCCUACCCCCAAACUGCAGGAGGGCAGUAAACCACAGAGCCUAUGAAGAAAGUUCCAUAUUUUUUAUUUUUCAUUUGCCUUUUUUUGGUUGUUUUGGUUUACAUUUGGGGCAUUUCAACGAUUCUUAAAAAAAUGUUCUUCUUUUCUGUAUCCGAUGUUCUGUGUGCUAUUAGUGAUGCAGCCAACAUGAACGCUUGUCUUGUGUUGCACACCUUUCCAACACUGCGAAACGAUCGCCCCACGGGAAAAGCGCCCAUGCUUGAUAUCGUAUGGUUCAUGACCAAUAUGUUUCCAGUUCAGGCAAAAUCCCCGAGGAGGCCAAGGCCUUGUCGCUCUUGGCUCCGGCCGCUCCUGUUGCCAGUUUGAUGCCUGGAGGAGGGCUCUUGCCUAUCCCCACCCCACCUCCCAUCCAGAACCUGAAUAUCCCCAUCAACAACCUGGCACCGUUGCAGGCAAGCCUGGAGGCCUCUGCACCAGCGCUGGCAGGGGUUUCUAGUCAACCCCCGCUCAUGGGCAAUGUGGACCCCUCUAAAGUCGAUGAAAUCAGAAGGACCGUUUAUGUUGGCAACUUGAAUUCACAGACGACCACAGCAGAGCAGCUGUUGGAGUACUUUAAGCAGGUUGGGGAUGUGAAGUUUGUGCGGAUGGCGGGAGAUGAGACCCAGCCCACGCGCUUUGCCUUCGUGGAGUUUGCUGACCAGGAGUCUGUGGCCAGGGCUCUGACCUUCAACGGGGUCAUGUUCGGGGACAGGCCUUUAAAGAUUAAUCAUUCCAACAACGCCAUCGUGAAGCCGCCCGAGCUCACCCCGCAGGCUGCCGCCAAAGAGCUGGAGGACGUGAUGAAGAGAGUCCGGGAGGCCCAGUCCACCAUCGCAGCCGCCAUCGAGCCAGAGGAUGCUGUGCCGAAACGCUCCAUGAGCAGUUCCAGAAGGGGUCGGAGGUCCCAUUCCCGGUCCCGGUCCCGGUCGCAUUCGCGACGGAAACGCUCGCACUCCAAACACAGGAGCCGGCCAUCUCGGCAGAAGACCAGUGAUUCCCACACCUCCCGGACCUCUCAUAAAAAACGCUCUCGCUCCAGAGACAAGAGACACUCCCGCAGUCGGUCCAGGUACCUCCAGCUCCCUCUCCACAGCGGGGUACCCCUCCACACCCCCGGCCUGGGGUUACACACAGUGAGGGACCUCUCAAAACCCCUGUCCUGGGGUUACACACGGGACCGGCGGAAAGACAAGGAUGGGAAAACGAGGGGAAAGGAGGUGAGCUCCAGGGAGAAGGAGGAGAGGAGGCCGAGGGACAAGAAGGGAAGGACCCCACCGAAGAGCUACAGCUCGUCCCGGAGGUCCAGGAGCACCAGCAGAGGGCAUAAGAAGAAGAGCAGAAGUCGGUCCAGGUCUCCCAGGAGGAAAAUGAGGUCUCCAUCCCCACGGCGAGGGAAGAAGGACAAGAAGAGGGAGAAGGCCAGGGGCGGCAGCCGGGACCGGUCUGAAAGGGAGCACUCCACAUCCAAGAGGACCGGCAGAGAGAGAGACCGAGACAGAGACAGAGACCGAGACAAGCAGGAGAGGAGAGCCAGGCCCAUGAAGGUGGCGAGGGAUUACGAUAAGGAGGAGAAGGAGUGCGAGAGCGAGCGGGAGGACUCGGGCAGCGCCGGAGAGGAGCCCGAGCCCACGGUCCAGCACAACGGCAGCUACAGCAAACACGCGGAGGACACGCCGGCCCCCAGCGAGGGCGGCGACUGAGGGGCGCUGCGGUCUGCUCUCUACUGCUGACAUUCAGAAAAAGAAGAAAUGCAAAACUGCAAAGAAGCGACCUGAUUUUUGUUUUUUGUUUGUUUUUUAAAACUACUGUGAAACGGCUGGCCAUAUGAUAUUCAUAUGGUGAAAUGGGCGUACACAGGCCUUUGUCAAUCGAUAGAACAUGUAAGCUUAUCUCUGAGAGCUGUACUGACUACUUUGGGGGGCAAAAAAAAACACGAUUGUACUGCUUUGUUUUUGGUUUUUGUGCUACCUUUGUCCAUGAAACCUUUUUUCCUUUUGUCAUUUUCUUUUUGUAGUGCUGGGACUGCUAGUCUUUGUUCUUGUUUUAAGGUCAGCCAUUUUAUUCACGCAUAACACUUAUCCCUUUCUGCCAAUCCAGGUCGUCAACUCCAAGUGGGAUGGUUUUACGGUUUUCUUUUUUUUAAUCAGAAUUUGAAAAGCUACUUCUAGGCAGGAGCUUAUAUUUUUAGUGAGGGGAAAAAAUUAAAUCAGAAGUUCUUUCCUGAGUUGUUGGAACCACUUGCAAGCACAUAAAACACAAGUGCCUAGACUGAGAUUGUACGCAAAUAUAUUGUAAUAAAAAAUACACUUGGGGAAAUCAUAACCAUAAUGUUGUACACUAGAUCUGGGUAAAGGACUUCUGAUCUAACAGUCUUUAAACAUAAGGAGAAAUUAGUGCUCUGUUCUGUGUGUGGAACAAAGUGUGUUAAGGAACUAUACAGAUGGUUGGUCUGCAGUCUGCAAGCCAUGUUUUUUUUUUUUACCCUCUAUUUAUGCUAUAGGAGGUGUAUUGUAAAUCAAGAUUUUAAAAUGACUCCUUCAGUCUUGUUAUUUUUUCACUUUUAUUCAAAUCUAGUAUUUUGUUUCUGGUCACUCAAAACACCCGUUGUGAGCACGAUCAGUGUGUUGACCCUCCCAACCCAUGUUUAUAUUGCAUUCAGUUUACCCUUGCCCUGGCUUCAGUGGAGUGCUGAAAACAUUGCUUUAAGUCUCAAACUCUCAAAGUCUCUUUAUUCGUAUCCUGUUUGACUCCCUCUCUCAGCUCUCUAAGAACACCAGCCGCUUGCUGUCUGAAGUGUGUUGAACACUGCGUUGUAUAAAACAAGUAUCACUCACUUCUUUUGACAUCCAAAAACCCUACCCCUGCCCCUCACCAAUAUAUUUCAAGAUUUUAAAAAUAUUUAUAUAGAUAUGUUUAAAGAUGUCUGUGAAAUGUCCAUUGGGGCAUUGUGUUGGCUUCCAUUCAUAAUUAUGUACUUGUGAUGUAUGGUGUAGAAAAUGUGUGUGUGGCAGCAGUUGGAGAUGAGAAGGGAUGACUGUUCUCAGGCAUCGAGCUGGAGAGUUUACUCUGUCUCAUGUAUUGGGUUUUGUAGUGAAUAAACAUUUUGGAUAUUAGUAGUUUGUGCACCUCCUAACCGGUAAUUUUGACAUAAGUGUCUUAUCUUUGGUUGCAAUACGGAUUUUCCUAACUGAAAUGUAUAUUAAAGAAGCUUUGCUUCAUA